AUGAUUUCGGAUGGUCAGCCAAUCACGAACCCGAGGGUCAAGAACCAUUUGAUUAUCAUGGUGGAGAUGCGGCAAGCGGCAAUUCAGAAGAAAUCUGGGGCAUAUAUGCAGCAAUUGUUAGAGAUGUACCCACGGGAUAACUCCCCUCUGUUUCCCAACGCAAGAAUUUACACGAAGAAUGUCGCUGGCAGUGACUUAUACUGGAACCUCAGCGACCUUUGCCUUCAGGUAUGGGCGAAUACGCUGGAAAUUGGAAGCGAUCCUGGCGUCACGUUGACUCAGCCGCCAAACUCUGUUUUCUUUGCAGCCGACAAGUGCAUCAAGCCUCGAAAGCAAACCUCGCUCACUACUCCUGGAUCUGCUGCUGCUACCCCUACCGCACUGACACCUGCUGAGACUCAGGUUCAACUACCGCCCUCGCUGCCACCACCAACUAUGCCCAUGUUGCCUCCAUCACAAAUGUACUCAUACCCGCUUCCAUGGCAGUAUCAUUCUGGACCGAUGCCACCAGUGCCCCCAAUGCCCCUGAUGCCGCCAUUCUACCCUCCAUUCAAUCCGUAUGGAUAUCAGCCGGAACUUCAUUCGAGUUUCCCACCAAACGUUCUUGCUCCGAUUCCAAUGAAACAACAUCGCUCAAUGGACUCCUCUCCAGGUAAAAAGGCGCUUGGACUCAAGAUCUCCCUGGAUGAUUUCUGCGCACGAUACGACAUACCAGAUACUCAGAAGCAUGCCCUCGCCUCUCUUGGUUACGUUCCUGGACUUCGGCAUAUUGAGCAAUUAUCUCCGACUGAAUGGCAAAGUACAGGGCUUGGUAUACUUCAACAGCAUCUCAUUCUGGACCAUCAUACUCAGUUCCUUGAAGAUGCAAUGAACGGCAAAUGGGCUAAGUAG